AUGUAUGAUUGUCCGGGAGUUUUCAUCCCUGACCCGGAGGCUGAAACAACUUGGAACUACUGGUAUGCACAAUCCCAGGAAAACAAGUACUUCUCGAUGGCUCAAUCGCCAUCGUUGAUGAUCUUUAUUGGCGUAAUGACUUUUUGGGACAAGGGUCGAUUUAAAAUGAAAUUCAUCCAAGAAGACGCAUCAUUUUUCUACAAAUCUAUCAGCGCGAGAAUCACUCGCAACGAUUCGUAUAUUGGAAACUCAAACUUUUGUUCAAUAUUAACAAAUGGAGAAACCGAAGACACGAAAAUAAAGAAUGACGUGACCAGAGAAACGAAAGAGGAAGUAUCGGGGGCUGUCAAAAAGUCGAAAAAUCCUUUGUCAGCCGUCCCCGAGCGACUCCUCAACAAAAGGACUCUCAACUUCAAGGUGCCGCCCGCGAAAGUGUUUGAUGUGAAAGUGAACUCGGCUUGUCAAGUGAUCACGCUGCCAACAUUUGGCAUCAAGACCGAACAGCUGGAUUUGGGCGAUCUGAUUAAAGAUGUAAAUGGAACGGAGAUCACCGCCAAGUCGCAAUUAAACUCUUUCCUCAAAAAGUUGGCCACCGAUAGCAAAGCUGAAUAUGAGGUAAACAUCACAUUUCUUCGUGUCAUCCGUACUGAGCCUAUCCCGCUGAAUUCUCCGCUUAUCCCAGCUGCCGUCGAUUUACAAUUGGGAUUCACGUACCUUGAAGGUCACAUGCUUCUUUUGCCUCGAGGGUCGCUUGGAUUGAAGAUUAAAACGUACAACAACAAGGUUUAUGUUACUUCGACGGACAACGGUUUCAAUUGUGUCUCGAAACGAACACUACUCGUCGGCGAUGCCAUUCUUUCUGUAGAUCAAAAACCGGUAUCAAUGUUAAAAGAAUGCAGUGAAAUGCUCACCUCGUGCCUUGAGAGAGAAAAGGAUUUGUAUCGG